CGGCCCGGCGGAGCCGCUGCCUGCGGGGUCGGGCAGCGCUGCCGGGGGUGCUGGGGCCGAGGCCGGGCCCUGCUGACACCCCCGGCUCGCUCACAGGACACCCAGCGCUCCCUUCCCUGUUGCCCCCACAGCCCUCGCUGCUGUUCCUGCCUUCCCCUGGGGCUCUGCCGUGUUGCCCCUUGGGCCCCGGGCGCGUUCUCAGCAGCGGGUGGAGUGCACAUUGAUAAUUAAUACCAGUCCAUCCAACAAACCAUGAAGACUAGAACCAAAGGAAAGAAACAAAGGCAAACUGUUGACAAAGAAGCAUUUUCCGAAGAGCCAGCAAUGAGAAAAAAGGAACUGGUGAAAUGCUUGCGACGCAAAGAAAGGAGGAAUGGGGGAAACAAGGAGAGCAGCAAGGUCCCCACAGGCAGAGGCAAGUGUCCUUGGAGCAGCAAGGACAGGCUCCUGAGGAGGCUGGAAAGCAACGAGCGUGAGAGGCAGAGGAUGCACAAGCUCAACAACGCCUUCCAGGCCCUGCGCGAGGUCAUCCCUCACGUCAGAGCCGAGAACAAACUUUCCAAAAUAGAGACUCUCACGCUGGCCAAAAAUUACAUUAAAUCCUUGACCUCCAUUAUCCUCAAUAUGUCCAACGGACACAUUCCAGCAGUAGAAGGGAUAGGAGGAGCCCGGGGAUCCAAAUUGUACCAGCAUUGUCAACAGCAGCAUGGGGAGGAUGACUGUGAGGAACAUCUGCAGAAAUAUUCCACAUAGAUUCAUAACUGCAGCCAAAACACCAACUGCCAGCUACUACCGUCAUUGUUUUUCCUUCUUACAUCAUAAUACAUGUCAUUACCUAGAGGUUUAAAGAGAUUAUUUUUGCCUCCAGUCUCUCCUUUUUUUUUUCCUUAAAAAGACAAACAGGUAACACUCAUAGCUAUAGUUUAUAUGGCACAUUCAAAAAUUACCUUAAACCCUCAGAAUUUUUCAGAGCAUAAUGAAUGUGUUUCUGUGGUGUGCCAGGGUCUGGAAAUCCAUCCUGUAACACUGGAGUUGACUUGAAAAUAAUGAUUUAAUAACUUCUGAAAAUUAUCCUACCUGGACUAGAGUGAGUUGAGCCUUCAAAGUCUGUGUCACCUGAGUUCCUUGGAGUUUGUUGAGAAUUUUGGCUGUACCUCUGUUCACCAGUCUUUCAAUGACUCAUCUCCCAUGCUAAAGAGAAGAUUAAAAU